GUCUGGCUGAACCUCAACCUAGCCGUGAAGGAAGAAUCUAUUUCAGGUUACGUUGAGCUGCAGACCAAUCUCGUGGUCUCGCAAGAUCGAACCGAACGCAACCUGAUCGUGCACCUGAAGAAAGGCAUAAAUCUCGCCAGUAAAGAUCCCAAUGGGCUGUCUGACCCCUACCCGGUACUAGUGAUGCUACCCCUAUGUGAGCACAGUGAAGUGAUGCGGGGAACCACGCACAUGGGCACUCUCAAUCCACAGUUCAGCGAGAGCUUUCUCUUCAAAUUGCCACUGAAUCCUAAGGACGACCCAGAAG